UCCCCAUCUUCCUCUCGCUUGCUCGCUUGCUUGCCGCUGCUCAGCUCGCUCUAGCUAGCCCAGCCGAAGCAGCUCGCCGGAGUGAAGGAGGAGGCCGGCGAAGAUGCACGCCAAGACGGACUCCGAGGUGACCAGCCUCGCCCCUUCCUCCCCACCGCGCUCCCCGCCCCGCGCCGGCAACGGCCCCACGCCCGGCUCCGGCGGCGUGAUGCGCGGCGCGGUGUACUACGUGCAGAGCCCCUCCCGCGACUCGCACGACGGCGAGACCACCACCAAGGCGGCCACCACCCCGGCUCUCAGCCCCAUGGCCUCGCCCCGCCACUCCCACUCCAGCUCCAGCCGCUUCUCCCGCGGCGGCAAGGCCCCGCGCAACAAGGGCGGCAAGGGGUGGCAGGAAAUCGGCGUCAUCGAGGAGGAGGGGCUCCUGGACGAGGAUGAGCGCAGGCCCAUGCCCAAGCGCUGCAAGUACUGCCUGAUUUUCGUCGGCUCGUUCGUGGUGCUCUUCACCUUCUUCGCGCUCGUGCUCUGGGGCGCAUCCCGCUCCCAGAAGCCCCAGAUCGCAAUGAAGAGCAUCACGUUCCAGAACUUCAUCAUCCAGGCGGGCACGGACGCGUCGCUGGUGCCGACGGACAUGGCGACCACGAAUGCCACCGUCAAGUUCACCUACAAGAACACCGGCACCUUCUUCGGCAUCCACGUCACCGCCGACCCAUUCACGCUCUCCUACUCCCAGCUCAACCUCGCCGCCGGAGACCUGAAGAAGUUCUAUCAGGGGCGGAGCAGCCGUCGGACGGCGAGCGUGAGCGUCAAGGGGAACAAGGUGCCGCUGUACGGCAGCGGGCCGACCCUGAUGGCGCAGCCCGCGGCGGGAGGGAAGGGCGCCGGCAAGGUGCAGCCCGUGCCGAUGACGCUCUCGACGACGGUGCGGUCUAAGGCGUACGUGCUGGGGGCGCUGGUGAAGCCGCGGUUCACCAAGAGGGUGGAGUGCAAGGUGGUCAUGGACCCGGCCAAGCUCAACAAGGCCAUCUCGCUGGAGAAGGCGUGCCAGUACUCCUGAAUUCCGAUCCAGCGGGUUGAUGAGUAAUCGUCAAAUCGGGUGGUUAAUUUUUUUUUGGUGUACUUUCCCUCACGUCUCCUCUCCCUUUUUGUGUAUCUACCACUAUAAUUAAGUUAUGUAUAUCGCCAUGGCUGUGACAGUGAUGGACCAACAGUAUGAUUCUUUGGUGCGUUCCUACUUGUUCUUGUAAUUAUACGAUAUAUUUGCCAAAGAAAAUUAUAUGAGACCACGUUACUACUCGUUGCGAGAUAAA